AUGGAGCUGACUCUGCCUUCCCGUCUGGGUAACAGGUCAAUGUUUCAACAAUGCAUGUUGAAAGUAGUUUCUAAUUUGUUCAUUCUCUUAGAGUUUUGUGUUUCCAGUUUCCCCAAUAAAUUUUAGAUACACUGAAAAUUGUCCCCGUAGUAUGAUUCCACAUGCUUGAUGGACUUAAUCAUCACAAUUUAAAAUGAGACAUCUGUUUGAGCUUCCACAAACGUUCUAACCCGUUUUUAGGAGAAACAUAUCAGGACUACUUUUCUUAGAAGUUUGAUUUAAGAAGGAAGUGAAAAUGAAUAAAACAGGACGAUUUCACAACUCUGACACAACGUGAAAGAUCCUGUGUGUGUGUGAAAAUGUUGCACAUUGAGAAAAAGAAAGUAAGAGAGGAGAUACAAGUCAGGAUCAGAGCAAUGCAGAUGUUCAUCUCCUCACCAGCCUGAACCUGGUUUGUUCACGGAGAGAGUGAAAAGAUGCUGCUUUUCCUGCUCCUGGUGUUCCUGCCCGCCGUUCCCAUAGAAACAGAGGUGGUGGAGACUUUGGCCGACUGUCCCGGUUUCUUUGUUGAAGAGACACCACCAGAGAUCCCAAACAUCUUAGUGGGGGGAAACAUCCGAGACCAGAACCGCUACAAAGUCAUCUGCCAAACCUUUGGAAACAAGAGAAGAUUUCUGACGCUGUACGACACAAAAAACAAGAUUCCAGUUUUUUCUGCGUAUCGCUUCACAGGAGCGCCAGAGGGAAUAAUGGAAGAUAACCUUUGGAAAAUAGAACCUCAGCUUGACGAUGAUAAAAAUCUGAGAAAGCUGGAAGAUUACAACCAGGCCCUAGACAACGAUUACGAUAAUAACCUGGGCUACAACAGAGGUCAUUUAUAUCCAAACUUUCAUGCACCAGACCCAGAUGCUCAACUCUCAACGUUCACUCUGACAAAUGCUGUGCCUCAGUUAGAAGCUUUCAACCAUGGUAGCUGGGCUAACAUGGAGGAAUGCACCAAAUGUUACAUGGAAAACAACUGCAUCAAUGCAAACGGUGAGAUUGAAGCCUUUGUGGUGACUGGAGCAGAACCGGGUGAGAAGAAACUCAACGACAAGAUUAACAUCCCAUCCAGGAUGUGGUCGGCUUUCUGCUGUUAUAACAGUAGAGACGGUGUGUGGCUGUCUAAAGCAUACUGGGGGCACAAUGUUCAUGACACCUGCCCUAACCUGGAGGAAAGGUCAUGUGACGAUAUAAAGGAUACUUUUGGUAUUCAGAUUUUUCCUAAAAGAUUGUGUUCUUUCAAAAAACCAAAAACAAAACAAAGAUCCAAAAGAUCAACAUUUUGUAGAAGGAGUGAAUGUGAAUGCUUGUUGGAAAACUCGACCACAACUGCCCCUCCCACCACCACAGACAAAACCUCAGAAAAAACUACUUUUCCUCCAAGAACAACACCAACAACUGUCACGACACCACAAACGACCACCACUCUAAUGACAACCACAAAGACGACUAAACCCACCACAACCAGCACCACUAAAUCCACUAAAUCCACUACCAAGAAACAGAAAAAAGACAAAAAAGAAAAUAAAAAUAGAAACACUGGAAAUAAAGGUGGUGGACAAGGUGGUGGUGGAGGAGGAUUAGGAAACUUUCUAAAAAUAUUUGGGAUUUCUUCUGCUGUUUUAGGAGGAAUUACUAGUGGCAUAGUAAGUGCUAUGACACCAGUUGCAAGUGGAAUAGGAGGUGUUGUUGGACCAGUUGCUGGUGGCAUAGGAAGUGUUGUUGGACCAGUUGCUGGUGGCAUAGGAAGUGUUGUUGGACCAGUUGCUGAUGGAAUAGGAAGUGUUGUUGGACCAGUUGCUGAUGAAAUAGGAAGUGUUGUUGGACCAGUUGCUGAUGAAAUAGGAAGUGUUGUUGGACCAGUUGCUGAUGGAAUAGGAAGUGUUGUUGGACCAGUUGCUGGUGGCAUAGUAAGUGGUAUCAUACCACUUUUUGGAGGAUUUUUUGGUGGUGGUGGUGGUGACAGGGAAAGAACAUAUUCUAUAAUCAACUACAAGUCUACUGAUCCUCCAAGCAAAACUGUGAAAACUGUCUUGACUACACCACAAACCUCCAUCACUGUACCAACAAACAAUUUAAAAACCACAUCCACUACAUCUGCGACCCAGACAACAAAUGACGAUAUUACAGGGAAUGAAUUUAGUAAAGAGACUGGAGAAUCACCCUCAUCACUUUUUACACCAACGACCAUCGAGUUUGCUUCUCCUGACCAAACACCUGAUUCAGCAACUUUAGGGAAGACCGUCUUGACUACACCAGAAAGGAUCACUGUAACGACAACUAAUCAAAAGAUCACAACUACUACAUCUGAAACCCAGACAACAAAGGGUGAUAGUAAAGGAAAUGCAUCAUCUACAUCCCUUCCUACACUACCAACCAUUAAGUUGACUUCUUUUCCAAGUGAAAUACAUGAUUCAACAACCUGUAGAAAAACAGUCUGGACUACACCACAAACACCCAUCACUGAACCAACAAAGCAUAAAAAUCCCACAUCUAUCACCAAGAUUACAGAGGAAGUUAGUACAGAGAAUGAUUCAACCACAUCUCAUCUUACGCCAACAACCAUCAAGUUUGCUUCUCCAAACCAAACACCUGUUUCAGCCACUGUAAGGACAACUGUCAAGACAACACCACAAACACCCGCCACUGUACCAGCAACCAAUGAAAAGACUGUGUCUUCCACAUCUGUGACCGAAACAACAGAUGGUGAUAGUACAGGGAAUGAAUAUUCUACAUCAUUUCUUACACAAACAACCAAUAAGUUGUCUUCUCCAAAUCAAACACCUGUUUCAGCAACUGUAAAGACAACUGUUGUGACUAAACCGCAAACACCCAUCACAGUACCAACAACCAAUGAAAAGUCAACAUCUGUGACCCAGACAACAGAUGCUGAUAAUACAGGGAACAAAUAUUCUACAUCAUUUCUUACGCCACCAACCAUCAAGUUUGCUUCUCCAAACCAAACACCUGUUUCAGCCACUGUAAGGACAACCGUUUUGGUGACACCUAAAUCACCAAUCACUGUACCAGCUACCAAUGAAAACACUGUGUCUUCCACCUCUGUGACCCAGACAACAGAUGGUGAUAGUACAGGGAAUGAAUACGGAAAAGUGACGGACAAAUCUUCAACACCACUUCUUACACCAACAACCACCAACUUUGCUUCUCCAAACCAAACACCAGUUUCAGCUAUUGUAAAGACAACCGUUUUGACUAAACCACAAACACCCAUUACAGUACCAACAGCCAAUGAAAAGUCAACAUCUACUGAUGCUGAUAGUACAGGGAACGAAUAUUCUACAUCAUUUCUUACGCCACCAACCAUCAAGUUUGCUUCUCCAAACCAAACACCUGUUUCAGCCACUGUAAGGACAACUGUCAAGAAAACACCACAAACACCCGUCACUGUACCAGCAACCAAUGAAAAUACUGUGUCUUCCACAUCUGUGACCCAGACAACAGAUGGUGAUAGUACAGGGAAUGAAUACGGAAAAGUGACGGAAGUAUCUUCAACACCACGUCUUACACCAACAACCAACAACUUUGCUUCUCCAAACAAAAUACCAGUUUCAGGUACUAUAAGGACAAUCAUUUUGACUAAACCACAAACACCCAUUACAGUACCAACAACCAAUGAAAAGUCAACAUCUGUGACCCAGACAACAGAUGACGAUAGUAGAGGGGAUGCAGAUCUAAAAGGGACCAGAGAAUAAUCUACAUCACUUUUUACACUGACCAUUAAGUUUAAUUCUCCAAACCAAACACCUGUUUCAGCAACUUUAAGGACAUCCGUCCUGACUACACCAGAAACACUCAUCACUGUACCAACAAUGACAUCUACCACGUCUGUGACCCAGACAACAGAUGAACAUGGUGUACAGUAGGCUUUAUCUACAUCUCUUCUUUCUCCAACAACCUUUAUUUUAACAAGCAGCCAGAUGCUUGAAACAUUUUCUCCUCCCACAUUUGCACCUGAAACUUACACGGCCAGCCAAACACUGACAAUCUUCCAUCAAGUCGAUUCAAUCCAUCUGAUUGGCCUGAUCCCCAAAGACAGACCAACUGAAGAUGAUGAUUAUUACUACUACAUUUACUAAAAUUACUUUAAUAAUGCCCUAAAUAAUCAAGCACAAUAUAACUUAAGAUGCAAUCAAAAACAUUUUGCUUUUUAAUAUUAUUAUAAAUGUACUUGUGUGCCUCCCUCUGUAAACCAAUAGAUACAUUUUUACUUUAAAUAUAGCUAAUGGUCAAGAAAAGGACACACCACUUUUUCAACCAAUGACAUCUUCACAGAUCAUGUGGUGGCUAACAGGGAUUGUAAAAAUAACAGUGAAAACCUGUGUGCUAAUCUGGGUCUUUAGGAAAACAGGAGUCUGAGUUUCUAUUUUUGUGUUCUCUGUGUAUAUUUCUUUGAUUAAAUAUAAACUGCUGAAAGCAACGUUUUGUGUUUUGUCAGUAACUCUACUGGAUUUUCCUGAAGUCUGUCACAUUUUAACAUUACUGUUCUUUAAUUUUUGCCUUAAUUAUUGUUUUAUCCAAUGUUGGAUCUUUCUUAAAUGAAAAGAAGAACUUCAACCACACAAGUGUUUUUUUUUCAACUUCCUCUAUUUCUCACCCCUUAACCCCAGAUUAUUGAUUUUUUUCUGUAUUUUUUCUUAUAUCAGUAGAUUAAGAAAUUCUGUUUUCUGUGCAUUUUAUUUAGAUGUAAUCAAGUUUGGUAUUAAAAGAUCUUGUUUAUAAUUCUGCUUUUGCGUUUUUUAUGAAUAAGUUUUAUUGUUUAUAGAAAAUGUGUUGAAAUUUGAGAUGUUCAUCCCCAUAUGAAUGAAUGGGAAAUUCUUCAACUUCUUUAGUAACACUUUGCUUGAAUGGUUGAAACUUCAUCAUAUUUGCUAGAGAAGCUCUUAACCUCUUAGGACACCGGAAUCAAACACCCGGCCCGCCAGAUGGCUCACUCCAAAAAAGAAAUUUUUAUUUAUUUUUUUUGUAAAAUGCAUUUUAUUCAAAUACAUUGGCCUCUGCGAAUGAAUGUGUAAUAAUAAGUGUUUGACUUGGUUGUUUGAGGCAAUUUUUUCCAACUGAGAAAAAAACAAGGCAAAAAUAAAGCAAUAAGUUGACCAUGGGUUAUUUUUUUAUUUUCUUGAACUACUGUACGAUUAAAACUGUGUUACUGAGUAUUUCUUAAUUCAAACCACGUUGGAUCAGAAAACCAGAUGCUAAAAAGUUGCAAAACAUGUAUAUAAUAUGUAUAUAUAAUAUGUAUGUAUAAAAUAUGUCUAAAGAAAUUGACAAAUGAUUCUUGAUUUUAGCUAAUAACUGCACAGUCAUAAUUAGAAGGCUACAUGGAGUUAUUUUAACAAAAUGAAAUAAUAUAGGAGUGGGACUUUAAACUCUAAAUGUUCAGAAUUCUUUGUGAUUUACAUUAUUACAGUUUAAGUUCCUUUAACCUUUUCAGUAAUUUCUGGAUUUACAGUGGAAGUCAAAGAGUGGAAUGUUCUGGAACUGGAGUGAGGAUUUUUUUCCUGGACAUUUUUUUCCUGACAAGCCAUCAUAACUCCAUUGCUGUUUGUCACAGAUUCCUGAUUUUUUUUUUCAGCAGAAUGUUGAAAAAUCCUUUCAGUUUCACAGAAUCCAACUCUUAGGGUCAGGGGGUGAACAACUUUCCUCCCUACAGCUCCAAAUCUGAGACCAACUUUACUCAACUCUCCUAUACCUGCCCAUUAUAAAUCUACCGACUUUUUUCCUCCAAACAUUGUCUUUAACUUGCGAUUGUGAGAUCAAAUUUGACUGUAGAAACCUGAAACCAGCACAUAUUGAAGCCCAAAAUGUUGGAUUCUUACAAAAUUUCAAUGAUUUUAAAAUGUGAAAGGAUUUUAAAAAUAUGAGCAUUUGUUUCAAGGGAAUAAAAUUGUCCACUAAACCAUUGGUUUGUAAGGGAUUCUCCAGUCAGUUGGAGAUUUGACUUUAGAUUUCUGAUCAAUUUCACAUAAAGUCUUUGUGCUUUCAACAAAUGAAAUGUAUGUUUAUGGAUUUCUCCACUUCUUGUCUUGAUAUAGUUAUUAUUUUAUAAUUAAAACGUCAUUUUAUACCACUGAUGGUUUUGUUUUUUAUUGAGUUGUUCAUUAGACUGACAUUUUUUUUAAAUCUCCUUUAGAAACAAAUGGGAAUUUUUGUCACAGUAUUUACCAAUAAUCACAAUAUGAAAUCACACACAACAGUAAGAAUUUUUAUUUUAACCCCUUAAGGGCAUAAAAAUCAGUUUUCAUCUACUUUUAAAUUCAUCUCUGCAUUUUUAAUUUGAAAGACAACCUGUUUGCUUAUUUGGUAUCAUUUUAAUCUGCACAAUCUCACCUAUGUGACACAACCUUUAUUUAGUAACUUGUGCGCACCAGUGACUAUACUUUUUUUUUUAUUUCUAUUUUUAGAAAAAAAAUUC